AUGGGAGCAGAAAACGAGGUGAUAGGAGCUUCAUCAGAAGUUCAUGGUCGUGAAUCAGACAUAGAGCUCAUUGGAGGUGAGAGGGUACCUCAUAGUGGUCCAUUAAGUGGACCUUUGAGCAAAAGGGUUGGAAGGAAGAGUCCCCAGUUCAGUGUUCCUGAAGAUGGAAGCAGCAGUGGAAACAAAGCAGAGGAUGGAGACGAAGGAACCUAUGUUGAGGUCACAAUGGAUAUACAAGGAGACUCUGUUGCGUUACACAGUGUUAAAACUGUUGCAGGUGGGAAUGUUCGUGAAGAUGAGAGAUCGGGUUUGCUUGGCAAAGGCCUUGAGAAGAAAACAUCUUUUGGUGCUUCACUUGUGCGUAAUGCUUCUAUUAAGGUGAAGCACGUAUCUCAGGAACUGAAGCGUUUGGCUUCUUUUUCAAAGCCAGCAGCACCAAUGAAACGCUAUGAUAGGACUAAAUCUGCGGCUGCUCAUGCUCUUAAGGGACUCAAGUUUAUCAGUAAGACUGAUGGUUGUGCAGGGUGGGACGAGGUUGAGAAGCAAUUUGAUAAGCUUACUGAUAGCACAGAUGGCUAUCUUCCUCGUGCUCUCUUCGGAAAAUGUAUAGGAAUGAACAAGGAAUCUGAGGCUUUUGCAUUGGAGCUGUUUGAUGCACUCGCUCGGAAGAGAGGAAUUCAGGGAGAUUCCAUUAACAAGGCACAUCUGAAGGAUUUCUGGGACCAGAUUUCCGACCAGAGCUUCGAUUCUAGGCUUGGAACAUUCUUUGACAUGGUGGAUAAAGAUGCAGAUGGCCGAAUCACCGAGGAAGAAAUCAAAGAGAUUAUCUGCCUUAGCGCCACUACCAACAAACUCACGAAUAUCCAGAAACAAGCAGAAGAAUACGCGGCUUUGAUUAUGGAAGAACUAGACCCAGAAGGCACAGGAUUUAUCAUGAUAGAACACCUGGAGGUGCUAUUGUUGCAUGGGCCUGAAACUUCUAAAAGGGGAGACAGCAAGUACCUGAGCCGAAUGCUAAGCCAAAAGCUCAUGCCUACCUAUGACAACAAUGUUGUUAGGCGGUGGUACAGGGACACCUCAUACUUUUUACAGGAUAACUGGCAGAGAGCUUGGGUAUUGGCACUGUGGAUGGGUGUGAUGGCGGGUUUAUUUGUCUACAAGUACAUGCAGUAUCGAGAAAGGGAGGACGUGUAUAACGUAAUGGGCCAUUGUGUAUGCAUGGCGAAAGGUGCAGCGGAGACUCUAAAAUUGAACAUGGCUCUUAUUUUGUUACCUGUUUGCCGAAACACCGUCACCUGGAUCAGGAAUAAGACGAGGCUAGGUGUUGUAGUUCCUUUUGAUGAUAAUCUCAACUUCCACAAGGUGAUAGCCGUGGGAGUAACAAUUGGCGUUGGUAUACAUGCUAUUUAUCAUCUUACUUGUGAUUUCCCUCGCAUUCUUGAUGCAAGUGAUGAAAAGUACAUGUUGGUGGCGCAAUAUUUUGGACGUAAACCCGCUAGUUAUUGGCAUUUUGUCAAAUCAUGGGAAGGAGUGACAGGGAUUAUAAUGGUAGUGCUAAUGGCAAUAGCAUUCACCCUGGCCACCCCUUGGUUCAGGAGAGGCAAAGUGAAGCUACCCAAACCCCUUGACAAGCUCACCGGUUUCAAUGCCUUUUGGUAUUCCCAUCACCUCUUUGUCAUUGUAUAUGCCAUGUUGAUAGUGCAUGGAGUGAAACUUUACCUGACCAAGAAAUGGUACAAGAAAACGACCUGGAUGUAUUUGGCUAUUCCUAUAAUCAUCUAUGUAUUGGAAAGGUUGAUUAGAGCACUCAGAUCGAGCAUCAAGCCUGUGAGAAUAUUAAAGGUGGCUGUUUAUCCUGGAAAUGUGUUAGCAAUUUACAUGUCAAAGCCUCAUGGGUUUAGAUACAGGAGUGGACAAUUCAUGUUUGUCAAUUGUGCUGCUGUAUCUCCGUUUGAAUGGCAUCCGUUCUCCAUAACCUCAGCCCCCGGUGAUGACUACCUCAGUGUUCAUAUUCGAACAGCAGGUGACUGGACUCGGAGCCUAAAAGCAAAAUUCUCAGAGGCAUGCCGACCUCCCCCAGAUGGGAAGAGUGGACUUCUAAGAGCUGAAUGCAUGCAAGGAGAUAGCAUUCCAAGCUCUCUUCCUAAAGUUCUGAUUGAUGGACCAUAUGGAGCACCAGCUCAAGACUAUCAGAAGUAUGAGGUGGUUUUACUAGUGGGAUUAGGAAUUGGAGCUACCCCAAUGAUCAGUAUAGUGAAGGACAUAGUUAAUAACUACAAGGCGAUGGAAGAAGAGGAGGAGAUGGCGUUAGAGGAAGGAGCAAGUGGCAAAUCCCAACACAGGAAAGCUGGGCACAGUGAGUUCAAAACUAGAAAGGCCUACUUCUACUGGGUGACUAGAGAACAAGGUUCUUUUGACUGGUUCAAAGGGGUAAUGAAUGAGGCAGCUGAAGCAGACCAUCGUGGAGUGAUUGAGCUCCACAAUUACUGCACCAGUGUCUAUGAAGAGGGUGACGCACGCUCUGCUCUUAUCGCUAUGCUACAGUCUCUAAACCACGCAAAGAAUGGCGUGGACAUUGUCUCUGGCACUCGCGUCAUGACUCACUUUGCCAAACCCAAUUGGCGUAGUGUGUACAAGCGCAUUGCGCUUGCUCAUCCACAAGCCCGGGUUGGGGUGUUUUACUGUGGAAUUCAGGCGCUCACCGUAGAGCUUCGCCAAUUAGCUUCGGAUUUCUCUCACAAGACAACCACGAAAUUCGACUUCCAUAAAGAGAAUUUCUAAAAGAGAGCUGUGGGAAUGAUCUGGUCCUUCUCCUUGAUGAUGGGCUACUACCUCAGUGUACAGUUUUUUGUGAUGGUGUAUAUUUCUUUGUAAUCUUUAUCAUAAUAUUGUAACCAAGGAAGAUGUGGGAUUAAUAAACAAAGCUGUGAGUUGGCCGCCUAAAUCAAAAGGUGCGUGGUUGGAUGACUAUGGCAUCAGUGCGUCAGCGUGAUGCGUAUGUGGGUGCUGUCACUACAGUACUACGGAAACAAGUCCAAAUAGCAAUUCUGCGAAAGAGAUUGGAGGCUUGGAGCCCCUGCAAAGAGAACAAGGGGUUGGGCGAAAUCGGAUACGGAGCAUAUAGCAAUCGGAAUAUACCCGACUAAGGUCUUUUUUCGUCAUCUAAGGCUAUCAAAUGAUAUCCUCUGCUUGUGAUUGGGAAUUAGUUAAUAAAUUAAUAAUUAAUUCCCGAAUCUAGAUGAAGAGUGUUGCUUGAAUGUUAGAUCCAAUAUAGUACUU